AGGGAGAGAAGUGAAAGAGAAGACGGACCAACCAGUAGGCAGAAUAGAAACUUCAGACGUGGAGACAGGGAGGGAGAACCCGAGUUCAAACCUAUGACUUACUCGAGGCUAAGACUUUGGUCAGAGAAUACAAAUGCUGGAGAUCUGAUUAUUUUUAUGUCCAAUGAGAGAAAACAGAUCGAACAUUUUCUUAAUGAGAAAAAAAUAAAAGAAGAUUGGUUCAAGCUUUUUCUUAAAGCGGUUUCCCACGGGAUUACGGCUCAGCACCAGAAGGAAUCCAUCAAACAAGUCCUAGAAGUCAUCUGCAAGAGUAGUUUUCUGGAGUACCAUCUUAUAAUGUGUUUGAAUAAUUGUGAGUUUAGUGAGCAUAACUGGGGAAAUGAUGGUGUUAACUUCCUGGCAGAUAUGGUCAGUUUACUGAAGGAGAUCCUGGAGAAAUUACCGACAUACGCAUUGAAAUGUGCAGUCGCUAGCUCACAGCUUCAGAAAUCAUCAGAACUCAUCCGGUGUGUGAGCAGAAAAAACAGCCCGCUGAUAGUAACCCUCCAAGAUGUAUUAGAUAAAGCAAAAUUAAUCGUAAAGAGAGAAAAGGACAAGGAAACGGCUAAGAAGGUUGAGCAAUUUAUGAAAGCUGGCAAAAAUGACAAGCCACCAGAUAAUUUUCUAGAGCUGCCCAUUGUUCCAACAGUUCAUGAUCUGAAAGCAGACGCAAAUCCAUUCGUCAGAUGUGCAGUCACAGAUGGGGCUUAUGAUGAUGCCCAACAUUAUCUGGACAUUCAGUUCCGUCUCAUGAGGCAGGAUUUUAUCUUCCCCUUGAGGCAAGGUAUAAAUGAGUUCAGAGCUGCCGGGUGCAAAAAAAAUUUCAACUGUUCUGAUUUGAGGUUAUACUUUGAUGUUCACAUCGUAGGUACGGUGUUUAAAGAUGGCAUUGAUCACAUUCUACAAUUUGAUGUCUCAAAAUUAGCUUCUGUCAAAUGGGAAUUCUCAAAACGUUUGAUUUUCGGAUCCCUCUUGUGUUUAUCAAAAGACAACUUUGAGACAGUAAUUUUUGCAACAGUGGCUCACCGCGAGGUUGGUCAGCUGGCCAAAGGAAAUAUCACAGUAAAUGUGAAAAGUGGUUUGGACCUGGUGUUCAACUCAACAUCAAAUGAUGUUUAUGUCAUGGCGGAGACGACAGCUUACUUUGAGUCCUAUUGUCAUGUCCUAGAAGGUCUUCAGGAGAUGGUUGAUAAUCUCCCUCUACAAGAUUAUAUCAUUAAAUGUAAAAAGGAGCUGAGACCACCAAAAUACAUUUUCCCAUCACGUGUCACAAUCAGAUCCCCUGUGUAUAACUUGUCAUGUCUUAUGCUGCAUCAAGGUUACCAUCAAUAUCCGGUAGUAACUACUGACAAAUGGCCUCAGGCAGAGUUCAUGUGUCUGAAUCGAUCUCAGAGAGAAGCUGUCAUGUUAGCACUGACUAAAGAACUUGCUGUCAUACAAGGACCCCCUGGAACGGGAAAGACCUAUGUUGGACUGAAAGUCAUGCAGGUUCUGCUAGCAAACAAAAGUGUCAUGGCCGGCAAUGAAGAAAAUGCAGAUGACCCAAUUCUUGUUGUCUGUUACACAAACCACGCCUUGGACCAGUUUCUUGAGGGUGUCUUAGAAUUUUGCCCCGAUGGUAUCGUCCGGGUCGGUGGGAGGGUCAAGUCUGAGAAACUGGAUCAAUUCAACAUUAAAAGUCUGCGGCAAAAAUUACCAAGGGAAAAAAAUCGUUCGAAUCUGUCCGUCAGAAAAUCAAAGUAUCUGUGUUAUAAAGAAUUAGAAGAAAUAUCAGACAAAAUAAGCCAACUCAACAGAGUCAUGGAAUCGCUAGAGACAGUGAUUCAGACUGAAGAUGUCCUGGUGGGUGUAAUUGAAAGAAGACAUUAUGCAUCCUUAAGCCAAUAUGGAGCUGAUGUAGUUUUAAGCAGAAAUAAAAUGAGACAAUGGCUUAAUGCAUCCAGUGACACACCAGAGGCAGUACUUCCAAAUAUGAUAAGAACGCAUCUUACAAAACUGGUUUUAACAUGCAAAGAUCAAGCGUCUGACCAGAAACUAACACCAAACAUGAGUAUAAUACAGAGAGCGAAACUGUAUCAGAAAUGGCUUUCAGUGAUCAGACAAAAAGCCCAUCAAGCAACGGUAUCAUCCGCCAAUCAAUGGGAAUAUGGCAAAAUACUGAAUGAUUCAUACAAAGAAAUUCUGUUAGAUUCACAGCUAAAAGUGUUUCUGCCCGAGCUGCUGUCAGACUCUGUUCUGAAAUACAUAAAGGAAUUAAAUAGAAGGGGAACUCGCCUUCAUCAGCAAACAAUAGGGAACGUCGUCGAGACAUGGCUUCUUGGACUGAACAAAAGUCUUCACGAUCAGCUGGACGAUAUUCAAGUCCUGACCAACAUCUUAGCCGGGGUGGAUGUGAAAGAGGAAAUUUUUGAUGAUGCCGAAGCUUCAAAACAAGAACAAGAUGCAAGAAUAAUUGAUGACGAUGAUGAUGAAGAUGAAGGAGGAAACUACAAUUCCAGAAUAAACAGUGCUAGGGAAAAUAAUAUUAUUUCCAUCAUACAGAGGGCAGAGAUGCUUGGAAUUCAGGAAGACAUUCAAGAUGAGGUAAAUGAAGGAGGUUGGAGAGUAAAAGGCAGAAGAGCAUUAAGUUUUGGUAGAAUUCGAAACAAGCUUGUUUCGAUUCCUCCAAUGAGUGAAGAGGAGGAGAACGAUGUUGUAGAUUUGUGGACACUGGAUUUGAAUAAAAGGUUUGCCUUGUAUAAUCGGUGGAUUAAAAAAUACAAAGUAAGUCUUACAGAACAAAUGGAAAAGUUAGUGGAGCAGUACAAGUCUGCUCAUAAUCGCAAAAUAGAAGCAAAUAGAGAAGAAACACUGGCAUUGCUGAAGUCAGCCAAAGUCAUCGGCAUGACAACCACUGGGGCAGCCAAACACAGGGCUGUACUACAGGCUCUGGGCUGUAGGAUCAUUGUGGUGGAGGAAGCUGCAGAAGUUCUGGAGUCUCACAUCGUGACGGCCCUCAACAAGAAAUGUAACCACCUGAUAUUGAUUGGCGACCACCAACAGUUGCGCCCCAACCCAGCUGUGUAUGAAUUAGCUACAAAAUAUGGCCUGGAGAUAUCUCUGUUCGAGAGAUUGAUUAAAAAUGGUGUGCCACAUGUGCUGCUUCAAGAGCAGCACCGAAUGCGACCAGAGAUUUCAAAGAUUAUGAGGCACAUCUAUAAAAAACUUGAGGAUCAUUCUUCUGUGUUGAAAUAUGAUCAUAUUCGUGGAGUCAGCAAAGAUGUUUUUUUCAUCAACCAUACAGAGAAAGAAGAAAAAGUUGAUGAUACAAGGAGCAAAGCCAACAUACAUGAAGCCAAGUUUUUGAUUGCACUCUAUAAAUAUCUUCUGUGUCAAGGAUACGAAGCCAGCCAGAUAACGAUCUUAGCAACUUACACCGGUCAAGUGUAUGCCAUUAAGAAAAUCCUCAGAGAGCAAAGAGGAGAAGAUAUUGGUAAAGACUUUCAACAGGUACGUGUAACAGCAGUGGACAAUUUCCAAGGAGAAGAGAACGACAUAAUUCUUCUCUCCCUUGUCAGAAGUAAUGAACAGAAUAAUGUGGGCUUUUUGAAAGUGGACAACAGAGUUUGUGUGGCGCUGUCCAGAGCAAAGAAAGGGCUUUUUGUCAUAGGCAACUUUAAUGUACUGCGCACUCAAAGCAAGCUAUGGGAAAAAAUAAUUCUAACAGCGUUGGCCGAUGACAUAAUUGGCCAUGAACUGGAGCUCGCCUGCCAGAGCCACGACAACAAACGAACGGUCAGUUCUGACACGGAUUUUGAUAAAUACCCAAACGGAGGCUGUGGUCAACCUUGCGGUUACAGGCUUGACUGUGGACACGUGUGCGCCAGACCGUGCCAUGCGAAUGAUCUGGAACACAGAAAUGUUCAAUGCAGAAAGCCAUGUCUUAAAACAUGUGAAAGAAAACAUUCGUGUAAAAAAAUGUGCUUUCAGGACUGUGAAGUGUGUGCAGUUUUAGUACCUAGAAAAUUUAACAAAUGUGGUCACGUGGAUAAUGUUCCCUGCCAUAUUCCGUCAGGCAAAGCUGUGUGCUCACAACCAUGCCGCGUUGUUCUUGAGUGUAAGCAUCCGUGUUCCGGCAAAUGCAACCAGUGCAGAAGAGAUGGAAGGCACAGUGAUUGCCACGUCGACGUUAAAAUUAGUACGCCCUGUGGUCACGAUAACAUUACACAGUGCUUUUUGAAAUCUUCAAAUGUGGAGUGUCAGAUGGUGUGUGGCUCCGUCUUAGGCUGCGGACACACCUGUAAAGGUCAAUGUUCCAACUGCCUGGGAGGAGCAGUUCACGUUGCCUGUGAAGAGCCCUGCGGCAAGGUUCUACCCUGUGGACACAAGUGCAAAGGGUUCUGUGGAGCUCCUUGUUUACCUUGCUCACAAACUUGCCCAGUUCGGUGUGAACACGGAACUUGUAGCACACACAACUCUGUUAAACUCUGUAGCCAUUCCUGUCCUCCGUGCUUUGAGCCGUGCACACAUAAAUGUCCCCAUCUCAACUGCCCAAAACGAUGCUCGGAAAUGUGUGAUUCUGAACCAUGUUCAGUGAAAUGUACACGAAGAGCUCACGUCUGCUCAGAUUUGUGUGGU